GGGGAGUGGGGAGGGAGGGCCCCGGAGGGGGGUCAGGGGGCUCCGGAGUCAGCCUCAGAGGGGUGUCCAGAGCUAGGCAGCAAGGACCAGAGGAAGGUGGACAGAGACUGAGAGGACUAAGCAGAGACACAGAGAAAAAAAGAGACAGAUCCCAAAGGGACAGACCCCAAUAUUCAUCCACGGAGCCGCAGAGGCAGCUGGAGCCGCUGCUAUAGGAGAAGCUCUGCUGCCUGUCCGUCCCCAUGGGCCACCGUAGGCCAUGGCUGCACACUUCUGUCCUCUGGGCUGCAGUGGCCAGCCUGCUUCUCCCCCCGGCCAUGACCCAGCAGCUGAGAGGGGCCGGGCUGGGCUUCAGCAACCAGAACAACAAUGCUGGAGCCGCUGGGCCCUCCCAGGAGUCAUCGGCAGAGCUUGGCCACCCCCUCCGCAGCCCUAGAGACCAUCCAGACAAGAACGAGGAUAUCUCCACAGAGAAGGGGCAUCACUUCUGGGGUCAUCCAGACGGUGAAGAGGAGGAUGAGGAUGUCUCCAAGGAAUAUGGCCACGCCACAGGCCACAGGCCCCAAGACCACGAGGUCAGAAACAAGGAUGUCUCAGGUGAGGAGGUCUUCACAGAGCAUGGUGGGCAGGCCCGUGGGCACAGAGGCCAUGAGAGUAAAGACACGGAAGACUCAGCAGAGCGCAGGCAUCACACCCCCAGCCACAGGCGCCACAGCCACCAAGACAAGGAUGAAGACGAAGUUGUGUCCCAUGAGCCUCACCAUCAUAUCCUCAGGCAUGGACACCGAGGCCACGAUGGUGAAGAUGAUAAAGGAGCAGAGGGGGAGGAAGAGGAGGAGGAGGAGGAAGAGGAGGUCUCUACUGAGUAUAGGCACCAGGCCCACAGGCACCGAAGCCAUGGGACUGAAGAGGAUGAGGAUGUCUCAGAUGGACACCACCACCAUAGCCACAGGCACCAAGGCCACGAAGAAGAUGACAAUGAUGACGAUGAUGAUGUCUCCACUGAGUAUGGACACCACGCCCACAGGUACCAAGACCACAGGAGUGAAGAGGAUGAGAAUAUCUCAGAUGGACACCACCAUCAUGGCCGCAGCCACAGGCACCGAGGCCACGAAGAAGAUGAGAAUGACGACGAUGAUGAUGAUGUCUUCACUGAGUAUAGACACCAGGCC